CAACACAGCGCCACUCUCUUUCUUUCUCGUCUUUUACCCUUCUCAGCUCCACCUCCCGUUCCCCUUCCAUCGCCGGCAAAUCCCGCCUGGUUCUGGCCAGCCCUCGCGCCGCCGACCACCGCACCGGCACCAACUCCUCCUCCUGCACCGUAUCCAUGGCAUGGAACCACCGUUCUGCAGCCCCCACGGCGAUCCAUAGACCCACAGGAAUCCGCCAAAGCGGUGCCACCGCGUUGCUCCGUCGAGCUCCGGCCGGCCCUCCUCCUCAACCGCAUCCACAGGCCGCCUCGACCGCAACUCACAGCCAAAGAUCGAAUCGCUGCUGCCGGUGAGCGCGUGUGACCACGGCCUGCGGGAGGGCUCGCUGCGGCGCCGGGAUGGCGGCGGGGAGGCACGGAGGGCGAGCCGGUGGUCGCCUGCACCGCCUGCUUCUGCCGCAUUCCGGCCGGAGGUGCUGCUGCCGGCUUCUCCUUCUUUUGGCAACCUCGCCCUCGACCUACUGAUGUCGGCCACCACUCGAAGUCGCUGCAUCCCGCUGCUACAGGUGAUGGCUUGUGACGGCAGGCUGUGUGAGGGGCUCGCUGUGUUGCUGUGAUGGCGGCGGGAGGGCACCGAUGACAAAUCAGUGUUUACCUGCCCUGGCUGCUGCUGCCCGCAGUCCAGCCGGAGCUGCUGCCGCUGGCAUCUUCUGGUGGCCACGCCAUCGAGGUUCUACUGCCGGCCACCACUCUGAGCCGCUACUGCAUCGUGAGGAGAAGCACGAGGCUUUUUGCUAAUAACCAGAAUAAUCAGCAUACUGUUGAUAAAAGUGGGAACAUACUCCCUGGCACUAUUAUUGAAUCGAAGCUUUGCCAUCCGACAGAGUUUGAUUUCUAUUUGUGUAGUCAUGCUGGCAUUCAGCUGUAUGGUGUUGCAUGAUUGGAAGUUCUCUCUUUCUAGUAAUGUACUCUGCACCAACUGCAAGGGCAAGGGCUUUAAGUCUGGUGCUUCCAUGAGGUGCCCAGGUUGCCAGGGUUCAGCCAUGAAAGUGUCUAUCUGCAUCUGGAGCCUUCCAUGAUACAGCAGAUGCAGCAGCCUUGUAAACUCUGGCUGCUAGUAGAGAUGCUCUUGUGGUGGGUUUUGUUAGGUUGUGUAUAUAUGGCCAUGUGAUGGCAACUGCUCUGCCCUGCCUUGACAUGAACUGUUUCUCGACAAGCGAUUCAGGUUUAAGUGUCGGCAUAGGAAUUGGCAGUGGCGCUGGCCUUCUACUGCUAGUACUCGGUGCUAUUUUCGUGACCAGGAAGAUCAAGCAUCAAAGAGCAAAAAUGUUGAAGCAGAAGUUCUUCAAGCAGAACAGGGGACAUCUGUUGGAACAACUGGUGUCACAGAAGGCGGACAUCGCCGAGAGGAUGAUCAUCCCUUUGGUGGAGCUGGAGAAGGCCACGAACAACUUCGACAAGGCUCGCGAGAUCGGAGGGGGAGGGCAUGGCACGGUGUACAAGGGGAUCAUGUCCGACGACCUACACGUCGUGGCGAUCAAGAAGUCCAAGGUCGCAGUCCAGAGGGAGAUCGACGAGUUCAUCAACGAGGUGGCCAUCCUCUCGCAGAUCAACCAUAGAAACGUGGUCAAGCUCUUCGGGUGCUGCCUCGAGACGGAGGUGCCGCUGCUGGUGUACGAGUUCAUCCCCAAUGGGACCCUUUAUCACCACCUUCACAUCGAGGAUCCUAGAGCAUCGCUGCCAUGGAUGGAUCGGCUGAGAAUCGCAACGGAGACCGCCAGAGCUCUCGCGUACCUUCACUCGGCCGUAUCAGUCCCCAUAGUCCACAGGGACAUCAAGUCUCAGAACAUUCUGCUAGAUGGCACUCUCGUAGCAAAGGUGUCGGACUUUGGAGCUUCGAGGUGCAUUCCGAUCGAUCAGACAGGGGACGCAACGGCCAUCCAAGGGACAUUCGGGUACCUAGACCCCGUGUACUAUUACACGGGGCGGCUCACAGAGAAGAGCGACGUUUAUAGCUUCGGCGUUCUUCUCAUGGAGUUGCUCACCAGGAAAAAACCGUGCUCAUAUCGGUCGUCCGACGAGGAAAGCCUUGUCUCAUAUUUCACCACUUUGCUUGCAGCAGGCGACCUAGCUCGUGUCUUGGAUCCUCAGGUCGUGGAGGAAGGAGGCAAGGAUGUAGAAGAGGUAGCUAUGUUGGCGGCAGCAUGCGUGAGAAUGGAAGGUGACCACCGUCCGACCAUGAGGCAAGUGGAGAUGACGCUCGAGAGCCUUCAUGUACCCCACGGAAACAUUGUGACGUGUGAUAUGGAUGCACCAAAUUAUGCUGUGAUUAAGGGUACAAAUAGGGAGGAGGUGAGCAGACAAUAUAGCUUGGAAGAAGAGUAUUUGUUGUCAUCAAGGUACCCCAGGUAGUCAAUGUAUAAUGUGUGUGCGUGCAGUUUAACUUGCCGAGUGAUGCGCGCAAGUAGUGUAAACUUGUUCGAUACACAACAACUGCCUCCGUUCCAAAUUUAGCAUCCAGCUUUCCUCAGAUUUGGUGUAUAUAUCUUGACGAGUUUUAGUGGGUAGGUUUGCUUAUUUUGAAAAAAAAGGUGGAACACAUAAUUUGGAAGGGAGGAAGUAUGUAAUUAUUAUUCAUAUCA